UUUAGCCCAAAGGUUUGGGUUUGUGUCUCUGAACAAUUUGAUGUCUUGAGAAUAACAAAAGAAAUUUGGUCAUCCGUUGUGGGUUCAUCCAAGUACAAUGAUAAUAAUAACUUGAAUUAUCUUCAAUGCAAACUCAAGGACGCUCUAUUGAAUAAAAAAUUUCUUCUUGUUCUUGAUGAUAUUUGGAAUGAGAGAGCAGAUAUAUGAGAGGCCUUACGAGCCCCCUUUUCUGGUACUGGAGUAGGAAAGAUUAUUAUAACAACUCGAUCUAUGACAGUUGCUCACAUCAUGCAAAUGGUGUACCCACUUCAGCUUGAAUGCUUGCAUGAAGAGAAUUCAUGGUUAUUGUUCCAAAGUUAUGCUUUCCAUGGUUGGAAGCAUGAUCAACAGCUAGAUUUUGAACAACUUAGGAGGAGAAUUGCUAAGAAAUGUGACGGAUUGCCUUUGGCAUUAAAAGUUAUUGGGGGAUUUCUACGAAAUGAAUUUAAGGAGCAAACAUGGAAGGAUGUGUUAAACAAUAAUUUAUGGGAUCCCAAAGAAAUUAUUUUGUCUACACUAAGGAUAAGCUACAAUCACUUGCCAUCAUAUCUUAAACCAUGCUUUCUCUAUGCAUCUCUGUUCCCAAAGGAUUGUUACUUUGAGAAACCAGAAUUGAUAAGAAUGUGGAUCGAUCAAGGUUACAUUCAGCUUACAGAAAGAAAAAGUUUAUUGGAAGAUAUUUCACUUGAAUACUUUGAAGACUUGGUGAGAAGGUCAUUAUUUCAAUUGUUCAAAUAUGAUAUAUUCGUUUUGCAUGACAUGGUGCAUGAUUUAGCUCAAUCUAUAACCAGAAAUGAGAUAUGUUCUUCAUUAGAUUUUUAUGAAUUGAAGAACAUCCCCAAAAACGCAAAGCAUAUAUUCAUAACAGACGUAAUGGUUGAUCAUAUUCUUCCACUUGGGAAUAUAAGAACACUUUACAUUCAUAGAUUAUAUUCUAAGAUUUCAUUCUCUCAUUUGGGAUGCUUGCGUGUUUUAAGAUUUCAUAAUCCUGAUUUUGAAUGCAGCUAUGAAUUUAUAGAUUCGAUAGGUUACCUGCAACAACUCUUUUACCUCUCUAUCUAUGCAAGUGUAAUCCAUAUGACAUAGAACUCAUUAUGUAGCCUUUAUAAGCUACAAACACUAAAGAUUGUAUCACCUAAUAUAAAUAUGAUACCGCAUGCAAUGGAAAAACUUAUCAACUUACGUCACUUGAUGAUUGUAAGUAGGAAUGAAGCACUAGUGUCGAAAGCAUAUUUCGGGAGUAAAAAUCUCCUUACUCUUAGGUUUAAUGAUGGAGAAAAUAAAUUGCUUGCAUCUACAUAUCACAUAAGAAGAAAUGGUCCAUAUGCUAGUAUUAGAUGGUUGAAACCCCUAACAAAUUUACAAAGAAGUCUAAAGCUUUAUGGGCUUGAAAAUGUGGUCGAUCAUGAAAAUGCAAAGAGCGCCAAUUUGCAAAGUAAGCCAUAUGUCGAGAGCCUAGAACUUAUCUGGAAAUGUGGUAAAUAUGAUGAAUGUGCAAGUAAUGAUAAAGCUAUU